UUGGUUUAUGACAUUGAUCAGGCGCAUGCAAAUAUUUGGCUGUCUCCUGCUUUGAAUUUCUACUUUUAAAGAAUAAAGAUAAAUUUGGCAAUUAGUAUUGGUGGAGACCUUGUUGUCCGAGAUCUGUGAAGUGAAGAAUAUAUCUGAUGAACUCUUUGAGGAUCUAAUCAUCCUCAUCUGGGAGAACAAUGCCAUAGAGAUGGAUUUAAUCCAUAAACUCAAUGAGAAGGUCCUGCAGCUCAACGUUCAACUGGCGGAUUCACUGGAAUUUUUUCCGGAAACGGAAACAGAAUUACCUAAACGGAAAUUUAUUGAAGAAAGGAGCGAUGAUGAAAUAAAUGGUUCUGAUAUAAAAGAACCUAGUUGCCCGGAGGGAACGGGUGAAGUAUCUUCAACUAGAGAAAAUAUAGAAACCAACAGUGAAGAUGUGCCCGGGAGAGAUAUUAGCGAAACAAAUUUUGAUCACGGAUACUUCGGAGUAGAUUCUCUUUACCCAGGGAUAACUGUGAAUAAGGUUUUCGACUCCAAUCCAACAGAGAUUUCUUCCCAGGGCAGUUUACAGGACAACCUGGAGGAACUCUUGAAUUCAUUCCAACCUUUCUCAGAAAAUGAUGACGAACUUGAAGGAUUAUUUACUUGUAAUUCAGACCUUGAAUAUGAGGAGAACCCUUCUCUUGACCCGGGGAAUCUGGAACCUGGUUCCUUAGACUCCGCUUACUAUGGUUCAGCUGAUCUCAUUUAAUCCAAUAUUUUUCUCUUCUCAAUUUUUUUUGUACGUCAACAGUGUGCAGUAGAUAAUCUGCAAACUAUGGUCUUGCUUUUGUUUAGAUAUUUAAAUGUUUUGUAACCCAUCAAAUAUUAUAGUUCGAAUAACAUAAUUUCUCAGCAAAAAAUGUCCAUAUUUCUAUGAAAUUGAGUCAUCUCUUUAAGCAAUCAAUAUUAUAUGUAUUCUAUUAAUUUUUUGAGUGUUUCA